UCACGAAACGUACCGACCUCACAAUUUGUUGUCAUCUGAAUCCAAUAUAAAAUGAUAUAACAGAAUUAUCAAUCGAUGUAUAUACUGUAUAAAGAAAUUGAUUGAUUACAAGUUUACAACCCUAAUUUUGUGAUGGAUUGGUUUAUAAUUUAUAAACACUAAUCCCAAGUCCAAGGCCCCUACCUCCCCCAUCCCCACUCAUCAUCACUCCCUUCUCACACUUCAAUCGCCCCCAACCAAAGCAUUUAAUUGCCAAUUCCAAUUCCCCCACCCUUACUUCACCCCCAAUUCUUCUAUAUUCUAGGUCACUCCCAAUUCUCCUCUCUCAAACGCGGGCAGCAGCAAGUUCUCAUGCUCCAGAAGCUUCGGCGGCCAUGGCGAUUUCCGACGCGGUGGUGGGGAAUCUGACGACUCUCUACCUGGUUGUCAUUGCUGCCAUCAAGGCCUACGGCAUGGCGGCGGGGCGGAGCUUCAGCGGCAGCUGCGUAAUCGUCCUCUCCACGGCGGUGGUCGCGCUGAUCCUCGUCGCCGCCCUCACCUGGGACGUCUCGCGCAAGGCCACGCGCGCGCUGAUGAUAAGCACCGCCGCGCCCGAUCGCGGCCACGAAAUGUGCCGCGGCGGCAUCUGCUGGCACGGCGUCGCCGUGAAAUCGCCGGCGUCUCAGGUCCGAUUCCGCCUCCCUCAACACCAAAACAUGUGAUCAAAAUCGCGUCCAACUCUACUGUAGACCUAAAUUAUAGAAAAGUCAACCAAUUUUGGUAUCGUUUCUUAUCUUCAACAGAUAUUUUGUUUUUGUUUUUUGUUUUUUGUUUUUUCGUUUCUUAUUUUCUUUGGUUAAAAAAAUAUUGUAAAAUAGAAUGCAGUCAUCCUUGAAAGCCAUAAGCGUUUGCCUUGUGUAAAUAAAAGUGUAGAAGAUUGUUAGGGUGAAAUUUUUGUGUGUUUGUAAUUUUCUGGCAGCCAUUUCUGUACAUAUGAAAUGCAAUGGCCGUUUUGUAUAUAAAUAAUAAUCUCUUCCACCAAA